UGCUAGCGUUAGCUCAGUGUACCUGUGUUUAUUUUAUAUAUUGUAGCUACUUCUGCUUAGUUAAAGAGUUUUAAUUGUUAUUAACCUUUUAAUGUGAACAUGUCUGGAAAACAGUCGUGUAUUAGAACAAUAACAACAAAUCACUGAAUGUCAGGUGGGUUUAGCUCACUGUUAACUAUGAGACAGCGGUUUGUUAGCUUAGCUUAGCAUAGAGCUAUAGUAGCCCCUCGUGUUUUUGUAAAUAAAUAUGUAGAAUAUACCGUUUUUAUUGUUGUUUUUUAUCAGGAUGAACUGGAUUUUCUCCUCGUCUAAGGGUUCAGGAGCGAUUCCUCCUCUGACCAGUUUACAGAAACAAAGACAGAGACAGAUUGAAUCACUUAAAGCUGCUCAUUCCACUAUUGCAGAGAUCCAGAAGGAUGUGGAGUACAGGAUCCCUUGCACUGUCAACAAUUCCACUAUCAACAUCAACAUAUUGCUUCCACCACAGUUUCCUCAGGAGAAGCCAGUGGUCUCUGUGUUUCCACCAGUGGGGCAUCAUUUAGUGGACAGUAACAAUGGCACUGUGGUCACCAGUCCCCUCAUUACCAAUUUUGGAAUGCAUUCAGAUUUGGGAAAGUUAAUCCAGAGCUUGCUGGAUGAGUUCUGGAAGAGUCCGCCAGUGCUGAUGUCUGGGGCUCCAUCCUUUCCUUACAUGUACAAGCCAUCUGCAAUGCCCCCGUACCCCGCACAGAACUUUCAUUUCGUUCCCAACUUCCCGACGCAGGAUGCCACGCGCUCAGUCGUGCCAGCUCCGGUCCCACCAGCAGGGAUGGAGCUGCACCAGGCCCACUGUCGUCCUCCAGCACCAAUGUAUGGACUCAUCACGGACCUCCCACUGCCUGUCCCCACUGCUGAUUCACAGACUGGACUGAAUGGCCACAUGUACAAGAUGCCUGAAAUCCCUGAAUCAUUUCCAGAACUUUCUGACAUGAGUGUAUCUCAGUUGAAGGACAUGAACGAUAAGGAGGACAUGCUGUUGGAGUAUUUUGUAAGUUUGCCUCAGCUGAAGCAGGUCACCAGUGAUAAAGAAGAUCUUGUUAACAGCAUUGUCACCAUGGCCAAAAAGAAUCUUCAGUUGGAGCCACAGCUGGAGGGCAAAAGACAAGAAAUGCUGUACAAAUUUGAACAGCUGACUCAGAUGAAGUCGGCAUUCCAGACCAAGAUGCAGAGACAACAUGAGCUCAGUGAGAGCUGUAGCCUGAGUGCUCUGCAGGCGAGGUUAAAGGUUGAGGCCCAUGAAGCCGAGGAGGAGUCUGAGGACACAGCAGAGAACUUUCUGGAAGGAAAGACCGAAAUCGAUGAAUUUCUCACCAGCUUCAUGGAGAAGAGAACGCUUUGCCACAGCAGAAGAGCUAAAGAAGAAAAGCUCCAGCAGGCUAUAGUUGCACAUGGACAGUUCCCGUCUGCACACUAGAUGGUUUCAGUCCUAACGCAGAACACUUGUCUUCAUCGGAACCUGCAGUGAUGCGAAUCCACAGUCCUGCUGCUUACUGAUUCAAGCUUGAACCUUACAAGCAGCAAAAACUGGGAUUAAUGAAAUUACAAUAACUGUAGCUCGACCCUGGGUGUGCGUGGCAUGGUGUUCCUCUCAGAAUUAGGCACAUUUUGAGUACUCAAUAGCACACAGUUUGAGUAUUGAGGAUACAUUUGUUGGACCUUGAGCGCACUUGAAUCUAAAUGAUGUUGAUGCUGCCAGACACUCAAGACGAUACUGUAUUUAAUAAUGUUAAGAAUUCUAAGGCUUUAUUAUAAUCAGACGUUGUAUAAUAUCUUUAUUUAAUUUCAUAGACUAAUAAAACCUUUAGAAUAAUUACACUCGCAUUGUUUAACUUAUUCUGAGUCUGAUUACAAGUCUAUCAAAUGUUUAGUUUUCUGUCUCUUCAGGUUAGCUUUUGCUAAAGAGCAUAAAUGUUAAAUGCUCUUUAACAUGCUGGAAGCUACAGAACCGGUGUGCUGCGGAGGACACCGGACACAUUUCCAUGUUUGUGUUGUAGGUAUUUUGACUGUUUGGUAGUGUGGUGGUUGAGGAUGUAGCCACAGGUGGUAGUUGUGUGUCAUGUGAAAAUUUAGUCUCUGUUGUGGCUGCUUAUUACUCAGCUAACUAGCACUUCCUGUGGUAACUUGUCAGUGGGUCAUAUCUCUCUAUAGCAGUCCAGGAGAUCUUAACUGGUGUUGUUUCUGAGAUGGCUUUUCAAAAAGAGAUGGUUACUUGAGGUGCAGGCGGCACGGUAGCUAAGUGGGUAGCACUGUCGCCUCACAGCAAGAAGGUCCUGGGUUCGAUCCCCAGGUGGGGCGGUCUGGGUCCUUUCUGUGUGGAGUUUGCAUGUUCUCCCCGUUUCUGCCUGGGUUUACUCCGGGUGCUCCGGUUUCCUCCCACAGUCCAAAGACGUGCAAGUGAGGUGAAUUGGAUAUAACCUUGUGAACUGACGAAUUUUGUGUAAUGAGUAACUACUAUUCCUGUCAUGAAUGUAACCAAAGUGUAAAACAUGACGUUGAAAUCCUAAUAAACAAACAAACUUGAGGUGCAUUGGAGAAAGCAAGUGUUAACCAGCACA